AUGGUGCGAGGCCAAUUCAGCUACAAGGACGCCCUCACAAAGUCCAUACUCUUUCUCGACGCUCAGAGGUCAGGGAAGCUCCCGCCCGACUCUCGGAUUCCCUGGAGAGGCGACUCCGGCCUGGACGACGGAAAGCUCGGCAACGUGGACCUCGUCGGGGGGUUCUACGACGCAGGAGACAACGUCAAGUACGGACUGCCGAUGGCUUUCACCGUCACGACCUUGGCCUGGACUGCGCUCGCUUUCGGCCCGGAGCUCCGUGCCGCCGGAGAAAUGGAGAGUGUGCAGGACGCCAUACGCUGGGGAACGGAUUACUUCCUGAAAGCCAGUGCCAAGAAGAAUCAACUAUGGGUUCAGGUGGGAGAUCCGGUGGCCGACCAUGACUGCUGGGUUCGGCCGGAGAACAUGAAGACUCCGAGAACGCUUUACAAGAUCGACGAGAAGACGCCGGGAACAGAGAUCGCGGCGGAGACCGCCGCCGCCAUGGCCGCCUCCUCCGUGGUGUUCAGGAAGCACAACCAUACUUACUCCAGAAGCCUUCUUAACAAAGCAAAGCUGCUCUAUGAAUUUGCUAGGAAUUACAAGGGAACCUACGAUGGGGAAUGCCCAUUCUACUGUUCUUUCUCUGGUUAUAAUGAUGAACUGCUGUGGGCAGCCUCGUGGCUCUACGUCGCCACCAAAAGCCCCAAAUACCGAAGCCACAUCAAAGAGGGCAUAUCCGCGAGCGUGGCCGAGUUCAGUUGGGACCUAAAGUACGCCGGCGCGCAAGUCCUCCUCACCGGCCUACACUUAACCGGAGAGCUCGGGCUAAAUGACUUCAAAACACAAGCCGAUAACUUCGUCUGUGCAGUGCUGCCUGACACUGCAUUUCGACAGAUCUACAUUUCUCCAGGAGGACUGAUUCAUCUCCGAGACGGAGCGAACACACAGUACGUGACCAGCACUGCCUUCUUACUCGACGUGUACGGUCGCAUCCUGAUGAAGAGCAACCAGACCGUGUCAUGUGGGACCCAACGAAUCGAACCCUGUCGGCUCGAGGAGUUCGCUAAGAGACAGAUGGACUAUUUGUUGGGGAGCAACCCGACGGGGAGGUCUUACAUGGUCGGGUUCGGGAAGAACUCGCCGACGCAGGCGCACCACCGCGGGGCGUCGGUGCCGGUAAUGUCGGCGGAGGAGGGGAAGGCGGUCGCCUGCCCGAUGAGCUUCGUGAAGUGGUUCAACAAGGACCAGGCCAACCCGAAUGAGCUCACCGGGGCGAUCGUCGGCGGGCCGGAUCGGUACGAUAACUUCAACGACCAGCGGUGGGAGUCGUCCAUGCUGGAGCCCUGCACUUACAUCAACUCGCUCGCCAUCGGGCCGCUCGCAAGGCUCGCUGCUGUCGGUGGAUCUUGCGUGAGUUAG